UACACAUCGAAAUUGCCUCCUGCUGAAAGACAAGGACAGAGAGGCCGCCCGGCAUCGCGUCUUUCUUUGCACCAUUCGCCUCCUCUCGCCGAUUCCACUAUAUAAAUCGAUAUGCAAGCCGCGACCAGCUGAACCACUUCGACUCCGAGCCAAGAGCACUGUGUCACCUCUUCCUGUCGCAACUACCGCCGGGUUCUGCAUCACGCUACCCCGAUUGACCACGACGGCCGUGCCUCUAUUCUCCUCCCUCGGGUUGCCACCUGAUCUGAGCUUCGGUCUCCAUCAUGCGCCUCUAUCUCCUCCCACUCACCACAAGCCGGACUCUUCUCUACUCACAGCGACUGAACAUUGCGACGAACAACCAGCAAGGUUUGGCGGACAAGGUCGGCAAGAAAGCUGCAAAGCUGUGGGCCGGCUGGGAGGCCAGAGAAAGCGGAUGGCAGAAAAAGGUCGUCAAUUACGGCAACUAUGCUCUCCGUCGGAUCCCCUACGAAGAAUGGGGUCUGAAGUCGGUGCCACCCAUUUCAGCGCGUCGCAAGGACGACGAGCUCAAGGGCAAGGAGAAGAUUGAGCUAGUCUUCCCAGACUCGGUCAUCCCCGCGGGAAAGGCAGAGCAGGUUGUCAAGACGUUGGCGACUGAGCGCGACGCGCUGCACAAGAGGAAACUCAUUUGGUGCUUGAUUGGCAUGCCCAUCUCGGCGCCCUUCGCUCUCGUGCCAGUGAUCCCUAACCUGCCUUUCUUCUACCUGGUAUACAGAGCUUGGUCGCAUUGGCGCGCUCUCGAGGGAGGCAAGCACCUCCGAUUCCUUAUAGACAACAAACUCCUGGCCCUGUCCCCGUCGAAGCUGCUAAACGACAUCUAUACACCGUUGAUUCCGGAAAGCACAACUAAAAUGCCGUCAAAGCCAGCCCUCGGCCCCAACGAGCCUCUGCAGGCCAAGGAGGAAAACGCAAAGGAUGACGCCAUCCUGCUGUCGCAGGCCAAUGGUCAGCAUAUCGCCAAAGCGCUCGAAGUGCCCGAGUUGGGCGUCGAGAUCGAACGGGCCAUAUGGCAGGUCAACCAUGCCAAGCAGGCCAAGCAAGAGGAGGCUACGGACAAUGCCGCGGACGAAGCCGCCAAACAAGCUGCGAGGCAAGUCAACGCCGAAACCCCGAAAGACAAAGAAAAACCCGCUCCCUCGCACGAUGACGAGAAAAAGUAGUCCCAGCAGGGGGCACUCCAGAACCGCUUAGACGGUGUGUAAUAUGUGCUCUAUAGACGAGAGCCGGUUCGAUAUGGUUUAGGGGCGACGAUCGAGCGAGCCCCGCUUUGGAUAGACUCCUCUCUAACUUUUCGACUUGCUGCCGCCAGAAGCAUUCUCCUCUCCGAACAAUGAAUGGCGGCGACGUUGUAGCUUUUCAUGGAUUAUUUGCGGUGAUAGGGUGGGUUUGCAGCACCUAUGGCGCCUCGGUGACCGAGUAGAUAUGAAAGCCGUGGGCUCGAAGCACCGGCAGACACCCGCAGAUACACAUCAAUCCGAAUGCCAGCGCAACUCGGCGUGCCGUGUCUUUGGAGAAGGGGCUGCGCAGCCUAGGGACGAGCGAGGACCAUUGACGUGAGCUCUCGUCGGCAUCACUGGCGUCGAACUCGUCCAUCUCGCAGAAGAAGUCAUACUCCUCUCCGUCGUGCUCCUUCCAGUGCGCCGCGCGGAUGUGCACCCGAGGGUGCGGCUUGUCCGUCUGCUUGUCGCUGGACGUUGUCGUAAUGACCGGGGUGCCCCUCGCCGCGGCAUCUUGACGGUCGCACUCGGCGAUGAUGUCGAGGAUCUCCUCGCGGGUGUACAUUGUACUCUCACGUGUGAGGGCUUCCGACUUCCAGGCCAUGGCGGCUUUGUGACGGAGCAGCCUCUGGGUCGGGCUUACGUCUCCACGGCUCUGCUGGCGUCUCUUCUCCCGCAAUCUCUGGCAACGCUGCGGCGCGAUGGUGUGGACCUCUGGGUUCAGAGGAGAGGGUACAAGGGGGCUGUAGCCAGCCCGGCUUGAUAUUGUCGACAAUUGAAGCAUCUCGUUCUUCUUUGUUGCUUUUGCUUUCGAGGCUUGUAACGAUGGAAAGAAAGUGUUUUUGGUGACGAUGAUGAUGAGUCUGGUUUGGAGAAGUCGCUAGUUGAUUUGUUGGUAGUGGAAAGGACACUUUCGAGAGGGACGUGGAUGAUUAAUUUCCUCUGGUACUCGACAUGGCGCGAGGUUAAUGUUGUCGGGGACUGCUCGGAGGGAAGGGCGGAAACCGAAAGGGUGCGUUCUGCUAUCUUGUAAACACCAGAAAGAGUGUGUUGAUAGGUAGUAGGUAUGGGCGAGAGUGUGGGAGGUAUGGAGCUGGACCACUCUGGAAUGUCUCGCGAGGGAUCCCCAGAUACGAGAGGGAUAGACGCAGACGUUCCUCCCUAGUGUCAGCCGGAGAGAUGACCCUGUAACUGUAAUGUUCCAAGCACACGCACGCACACAUAUACACAAACACAGAAACACAAUACAAAUAUGAGAAGCCGAGAGAACCAGAUUGCGAUGAUUGGCCGAAUGGCAGCUUGGGUGAGAGUGCGGGUGAACGGCACGGAGGGGGCAAGGUGCCUUGUGUGCUGUUGAUGUGAGAUCUAAACAUCAUGUUGGACGGCAUACAAGCAGGCCUUUUUUUGUCUCUCUCUCUUUCGUCCCUCCCUCUAGCCCAAGGGUGUCCAUCUCCCCUUCUCAGCUUGCCGUCCGUUCCCCCGAUUCUCUCCGUGGGCCGUGGGAAGUAACUUGCCUAAAGCGUCCGCUCGGGCACGGGCAUCAAGCCCAAUCGUCCAAUGACAAGGCCUGCGAAAGCAACCUGAACUGAGAGUGUGGUGGGCUAGGGGGGAGGGAGACGGCAACGUAACUCGGUAGCCCAGGCCUUGGCCUAGGCCCCCGCAUGGUGUAGACUUGCAGCGCAACGCAGCUCGUCCCUCUUUAUCUGAGGAGGGUGGAAGGAAUUUGCUGGAUUGUCUCGAAGAAAAGGCGUUGUUGUU